UGGUCAAUAACCCAUACAUAUUGAAAAGUCCGUUUAUCAUGGAUGUUAAUCGCGGGAUUUUAAUGCACAUAUAUUGUGCUUCCUUGGACUAAGGGGGAUGAAUCAAUGUACGUUCUUAAUUUUUUUUCUUCUUUCUGAUUCGCUGACGUUUAUUUCGAAAUGAAUACAAAUUAUAAAGAAAACUCUAAUAUACCACCACCUCCACUAAAUUAUAAAAACAGCAAAUAAAACUUGUCCCAGUUUAUGUUUUGUUUAAAACAUUACUUACUCAAGCAAGAGCAGACGAGGAUGUUCGCCUCUAGAAAAUUCUAACCAAAGGUCAUUUAAUUUAUUUUCCUCAGUAAUAGUAUCUAAAGAACACAUGGCCAAACUGGCAGCCGAAAACGACAAACAAAAGGCGGUCGCUUCCAAAAAGCCUUCAGUCAAAGAAGUGAUAUCUACCUUCUGUGGGUACACUACCGCUCAUGGUCUUGGGAGGUUGGCAGAUGGUGGUGGUGUUUUUCGUCGAAUAGCAUGGAGUCUGUUUUGCAUUGGCGCCCUUACCAUGUUUGUAGUGCAGACCUACAACUUGUUUGCAAUUUACUUACGCCGACCUGUGUCAACUGUAGUUACCGUCCAACACGAUAGUCAUGUCAGAUUUCCAGCUGUGACCAUAUGCAAUUUAAAUAUGAUUCGACUUGACAAGCUUCCGGAUAACUUCAUAGAUGAAAUUUUGGAGGAACUUAAGCUAGAAGGUAUGGAUAUCUCUUACUUAAUCAAUCAUGUUAUUCCUUCUAUUUCAUUCUUUCACUUCUGUUGCCAAAGCUUCCCCUCUUCUCUUUCCAUUUCAGCACUAAAGCCAAACAAUGAUUCCGAAGCAGCUAACAGUACAUCCGGACCUGGUGCCACUGCUCCCACCAAUUCAAACUCGGCCCCUCAUACACUUCCAACUGAUUCGUCGACCCAAGAAACACUGCAACCUUCCUCUGAUGGAAGCAACACCACAGAUGUCCCCACUGGUCCCCCCACAGAUGGGACUACCUAUCCUCCAUAUGACUACGACUAUUACGACUAUGACUACUUUGACUACGAUUACUAUGACUACGGUUACUGGGAUUACGACUACGAUUAUUACUUUGGUGGGCUUGGGGAGGAAACCAAAGAACAGGAAUACGAAAUUGAAGAAGCUAUCCGUGCCGAGCUGGCACUAAAAAACGAUUCAAUGAUAGUCGAAAUGGGGCAUCAGUUUGAGGAUCUCGUCUUUGAGUGCUCGUUUCGGGGAUAUGACUGCAGGAACUAUUCGCGGUAUUGGCAUCGUCUUUGGGACUAUCGCUAUGGCAACUGCUACACUUUUAAUGGUGGUAUAGAUGACAAUGGUGAAAAACAAAGAGUUCUGUCUUCCCACGUCACUGGGCCAACGGGCGGUCUUAAGUUGAAUCUAUUUAUAGAGCAGUCGCAGUACAUCCCAGAACUAAGUGAUACAGCUGGGGCAAGAAUUGUGGUUCAUGAUCAAGGGCAAAUGCCAUUUCCUAACAAUGAAGGUUACAGUGUACUGCCAAGCCGAUCCACUUCAUUUGGGAUAAGAAGGAGCAUUAUCGACAGGGUAGAUCCCUUUGGUAACGGGAGCUGUGUGUCAGAGAAGGACUUAAACAGUGACAACAUGUAUGUCAAGAAAUACGGCGCUUCUUAUUCCAGACAGACCUGCUUGAACUCGUGCCAGGCCGAAAAACAAAUCUCAACCUGUGGAUGUGCCGAAGGCCAGUUUCCAUCUGAUGCAGAAAUAUGUAACUUGCGAAAUUCGUCAACAGCAAAAUGUUUAGAGAAGAUACAACUGAAACUAGUCACUGGAGAGCUGGACUGUGAGAAACUCUGUCCUACACCAUGCAGAGAAGUCCAAUUUGUUACCACACUGUCCAUGGGAAAUUGGCCUGCCUCUGGAUAUGAGGCAAUCCUUGAGAGCCGUGUGAAGGAAAAAACCGUCUAUGCAAAUGAAUUGUAUAGAGGAUAUUAUCUGAGCGAAAACUUGCUUCAGGUGAAAAUAUUUUACGAGCAGCUGAACUAUGAGAGGGUAUCUGAAAGAAUAAGCUAUGAGGGCGUAAAUCUUGUUGCUGACAUCGGAGGCCAACUGGGACUUUGGAUCGGCAUCUCAGUGCUAACGUGCUGCGAGUUUGUGGAGUUAGUUGUCAUGAUAGUGCAAACUGCCCUUGAUCGUAUUUCAAGACGAAAGAUAAUUCAUGUACAGCCCUAAGGUGCAGAAACAGAAAAAGAAGAAAUUAAAACCAGUGUCAACUACGUGGCGUUACCGUACCCAAAUUCGCAAUUAGCCAAUCAGAAACCCUGUCUGUCCUGAUAUCCUGCGAUAUUUGAUAUGACUACGAUAUCAUGCUCAUUGGGCCGAGUUUGGGUAUGAUAAUGCCUAAUUGUACCUUUUGGUACGCUUCAGCGAAAUAUCAAGCUUGUUUUGUCCCACCAUGGGUAUUUUGGCUCGACUACUUCUCGCCAAAAUACGAACCCUGGCUCGACCAAACUUGCCCGAUAUGUCGCCGAAGUGUACCAAAAAAGGUACGAUCGGGUAUAAUUAUAGGUGUUAUGUAGUUAUUUAAUAGGCAAUAUAGCGCUUUUCAUCUGAGUGUCGAAAGUAAUUUGCUUUUGCUUUGGCUUUGCAUUUCAACGCUUAGCGAUUGGCUUAAAAACACCUACGCCACUUAGUCAUCCAAUCAGAAGCAAAACCAAAACUAAUCGUUACUCUCUUACCCCCGUUUUUCCGCGCCUCGGGUCAGCUACAUGUAUUUCUAUAUGUUUCCAGUUUUGAUUGGUUCACUGGAUUGUCUGCGUCUUUUACGAUUCGCCAAAGUAAUUACUUCCGUUUUUGUUUUACGACAUUCAUUUUAGGAUUUUGUUCGUCUGUUUGUCUUUUCUUUUUCCUUUGUUAAUCGCCCACGUGCUAAUGUUUCAUUAUUGAACAGGCCAAUAAUAACCAUCCAUAUAAGCAUAUAGAAAACGAUUGUUCCAAAAACGACUGUUCAUAUAUAUAUUAAUAAAUUUCAGUUCUGAAAUGUAGUUGAUGUCUCCUUGUGUAUCGUUAUAAAUGAAAAGGUUAACAUACAUGUACUAGGUACCAGGGUUCUGCGAAUCAUUAA